AGAGAGCGAGAGAGGGGGCGGGGGCGCGCUUUCCGUGUCUGGUUAGUGGACUGACAGCCAGCUGUGCGGCUACAACGACAACAACAACCUCCUGGAUUUUUUUGUUUUGUCGCUACUGAACAACUAGAUUAGUGUUGGUCUGCUACCGAGCAUAAUCGCACAUUAUUAUAGCCAGUUUUUAUUUUUUAAAGUUGACUCCUCCUCGACCAGGAACACACACACACACACAGCUCUAAUAACCAGUAUCAUCGGCGGGUUUCUGUGCUGACUAGCCUUGAAGAGCAUUCCUCCAACAUGAAUCCGUUGUGUAGCAGAUGUAAUCUAGUCGUUUACCCCACGGAAAAAGUGAAUUGUCUGGACAAGUACUGGCAUAAAGGAUGCUUCAGCUGCGAGGUCUGCAAAAUGACUCUAAACAUGAAGAAUUACAAAGGCUUCGAGAAGAGACCAUACUGCAAUGCACACUACCCCAAGACAAACUUCACCUGUGUGGCUGACACUCCAGAGAACCUCCGCCUCAAACAGCAGAGCAAGAUGCAGAGCCAGGUUCUCUACAGGGAGGACUUUGAGAAGAAUAAAGGGAAAGGAUUCCACGUUGUCACAGACACACCAGAGUUGCAGAGAAUUAAGAAAUCGCAGGACCAAAUCAGUAAUAUAAAGUACCACGAGGAGUUUGAGAAGAGGAAGAUGGGAGGAGAGGCCCCACAGCCGCCGAGCAACCCCUCUUCAGCAGCUUACCAGCCUCCUGCAGCCUCUCAGAACUACAACUAUGAGCCAGCUGCUGAACCAGUGCGCCCCGCGGCUGCCGCCCCACCUCCAAGUGCUGGGAAGCGGUACAGGGCCGUGUAUGACUACUCUGCUGCCGACGAGGACGAGGUGUCCUUCGUGGACGGGGACGUGAUCGUAGACGUUCAGCAGAUCGACGAGGGCUGGAUGUACGGCCGCGUGGAGCGCACUGGCCAGCAGGGCAUGCUGCCUGCCAACUACGUGGAGGCCAUCUGAGUGAGAGGGAAAGAAAAAAGAGGAAGAGAGAAAAAGGAGGAGGAGAUAGAGAAAGGGAGAGAAAGAAGGAAAGGAAAAGCCCAGUGCCAUCUCAUCUUAAUGCCGCUUUCUCUUGAUUUUACUCUUGUUCCUUAAUCUGUCCUGUGAGACCCUGAACGCCCCCCCGCCCCUUCCUUUUCUGCAUCCCUGCUCUGCUCUCACUGUUCAGCUCGCUAACCACAGACUUUCUCUAACUGUUGGUCUGUCUUUAUCCGUCUGUCUGCCUGCCUCUCUGUCUGUCUAUCUGUCUGUCUGUGCUGAUGUCCGUCUCUGUUUUGGAUGUGCCCGUCAUCCUCUUUAUCGUUUUCCCAAUCCUGGCUCCACUCUCGUGCUGUCACAACAAGUGGAAAUUUAAGUCUUAAAAAAAAGAAAAAAAGAUAAACUCACAAAUUUCAUUGAAGUAUGUCAGGGGUCAUGUCGUGUCACACAGCUCCAUCCUAGUUAUAGCACUUAAUCAUCAUGCAAAAGUAAAGAAGACAAAAAAAAGAAAUGUAAAAAAAAACCAACCCUUUUCCCCACGAGUCCGUCAACACGUGGUUUCCAUGGCAGCAAACAGCUGCAGACAUUAUUCUGUGGACAAAAUAAGUUUGGAGUGUGGGUGGGUGUGGCAUUUUCAUAGGCCUGCUUGGCUUUUUUUUUUUUGUAUUUUGUUUUUUUUCUCUGUCUUUAAUUUUGCAGCGUGAUCUUGGCCAGACUGGAAAACACAGUGCAGAAUCUCAGUCUAUCAAAACUAAGCUUGAAUAUUUUGACUUGUGUACAUUCCUUUAACCUCUAACCCUGUUGCUGUUGCAUCAAUCAGCCAGUUAUCAGUCUUAACAGAGAGGUUUUUAAUAUAUUUAUAGAUAGAUGACGCAGUUUUUUGGUUUUCUUUGCCAUUGUGUGCUAAACUACGCACCCUUAUGUGUUCAGCACUGCAUUUGUGUGGGUAUUGUUGUGAAACUGGAAUCGUAGCCUAACUGAAGAGCACCUCCUGUGGCGGCCUCUCUCUCAGGCGUGUCGCGUACAGGAGGGAUCAGGGACAAGUUAGGGGGACGUUAUCAGUCCGUCUACGGCCGCACUGAAUAUCGCAUCACCUCAGCUGGUGUGGAUAUACAGUAUAUACACCGCUAUUCCUGUUUUUUGCAGCCUGAAUGCCUUCAGUCCUGAUUGAAUCACAAAGUUAUGGCGAACGAGGCUUAAACUGCUCGGAGAACGGAGAUCGGUCAAGUCCUUCCCCUUUGCUACAAAAUCACAGCCAGAAAAAAGAACCCAUUUAAAAAGGAGGAGGCCAAGCACAACUCUAUAUUGUGAAUCUUUUUUUUUUUUUUCUAAUUUUAAACUUUUUCCACUGUUUUUUUUGUGAGUGAACAUUCCAGUCUUUUCUUUCCAUGAGAUGUGAGUGAAAUUGUUGAAAUCCUCGGCUGUGGUAAAUGUUGUUGUUUUUUUUUCUUCAUGCUGUUCUUCCUUUUUGCCUUUCUUGUAUUAUUGUAAGAUGCUUAUUUUGAGAGAGAGAGAGAGAAAGAAAGAGAAAAAAAAUUCAAGUGUAUUAAAUGAAUAAACAAACCAGCAACCCAGUGAUGAAAUAUGAACCAAGGCAGAGGAAUUUAUGGAGACUGGUGCAGUCACAGUAUUAGAUUAGUCAUGGGGGUUUAAUCAACUUGCAGAAUUUUUCGGGGGUCAAGAGCAAAGAUGGCCCGCCUGUUGGAGAAGUCAGAUGAAUGCCUGCUCGGUCAAGCCGGAUCGUAAUUAUUCUAUCUCCAUUCUGCUGUUUGUUAUUCUGGAGCUUCUAUUAAAGAGAAAUGUUACGGGGAUGACAUGUAUAAAUAUCCCUGAAUUAAAGAAAGUUAUACUGGAUGCUCUGGUUAUUAAAUAAAACAUCAGACCUGUGUGUAGGAGCCAGGCUACUUUUUGUGGUCCUCCUGGUUGGUAAAUCUGGUAAAACUGUCAACAUUGGGUGAUAUUUUACCAGUGAGUUAAUAUUAAAAGUCUCCGCCAACCAACUUUAUUAGGAUUUGGUUGGCAGUGGCUCUUAAGAUGUUAAGACGGUUGGUUCAUAAACACAAAAUGAAGCAUUUCAGUUGCUGAUUAUUACACAGCAAUGCUGUAUCCUUCUUUCACUCGUGAUACUGUAGUGCUGCGAGGACCUUUAUCAGACUAUAAAAAAUGAUAUUUGACCAUUUCUCAGUGGUGUAAAUAGUCAUUGGCCCCUGAACAUACACACCUCUUCGCCUUUUUCUCACCAUUUUUCAUUCUCCUGUGAUGCACUGUGACUGUCACAGAUAUGAGCGAUCAGGGUGGUGCAUUUUUAGGCAGGGGAGAGGGAGGGGGGGGUCGAGGGCUGGGUUGGGCUGGGGUGGGGCCGAUACAUUUUCAGCUUUAUUAAAAAGAAAACAAGGCUCUCACUAUGUAGCUAGAUGACAUUGUACAAUUGUAUAUGUAUCAUAAAGGUGAAUUAGGGAAAAAAAAUGUUUUUUACAGGUCAUGGUGCUCUGGGAUGUGGCUUGCCUGCAGAUAUUAUUAAUAAAAAGCGGAUCAUAUUUUUUGUGAAUGUGGCUGAGUGGGGGGGGGGGGGGGGGGGGGAGUAAUGUGAUUUUAAAAGUUGAAUCAUUGGGGAGUGGGAGAAGAGAAGAAGAAGAAAAAAAAAGCCAGUGGUGCAAGUUGUCAGUUGGUGUUGAUAUGAACAUUCAUGCAUUUUGCAACUCUAAUGUGAUGAAUUGUGACAGUGCUGAUGAAAAUAAAUUGCUGAAUCAGAGUAAAAAAAUAAAUAAAAAACACCUCAAACAGGUUGCCAAACUAAAUGACUACACACACACUGUAUGUACACCUGUAUUUUUUUGGAUUAACUCUCUACUUGACAACAGGACAGUUUUAUUUGCAAAGCAGAUGCUCGAUUGGAAAGCUGUUUUAGAGCUAGAACGGUUGCGCUUCUCUAUUGAAGAAUCGGUGGUUUGGCUUGAAGUGAAAUGGUGACUGUUGUUCCUGGCUUAUGAUGUUUGCUCAAAAUCUUAUUUAAUAACAAAACUUAAUUCACACUGAUCGCCUCUGUUACUCUGCGGAUUACAUUUGAUCCAAACUUUCCUUUUUUGGUUUUGUGUCUGGAGGUUUGUUGGUUGGUGUUCUGGGUGAAAAAUGGAAAGAAAAGUGGCCAAAGACACAGCUAGUGUUAUGUAAGUGUGGCUCAGGAUGGAUUUGUUAAGGCAAAGUCAGAAUUGAGCGUGUGAUGAUGUAAGCGUUUGUAGGGCUCGAGGGGGGCAGGGGUGGGGGGGGAGCGUGGGGCAACAGGGCAGAGAUCUGAUGCUCUCAAUCUCUCUGGCUGUGAGGCAGGGCAAGUUGUUUGUCUGACCUGGAUAUUAGUCAGGAGUUAACCUCUAUUUGCGCCAAAUGUGGCUCUACUGCUCUGGCAUCACUCAUCUAUCUACUGAACCGUAACGUCAUAUCAUAACCACCCCCAACCCCAACCGUUGUCAUCCGUUUCCACUCCGUUUCUAUCUAGUAUCCUGUUCCCACCCCUCCGCUGACAUCCCUCUUUCCUUCAGCCUUCAUCAUAGGCUGCUGUGCUUCUGAUAAAUCAUCCCCCCCGCUUCUAUGAAUACUGGUUAUAUACCGUAGACUUCGCAGAGUGAAAUCAUGUAAUCCACAAUCGCAGGUUUUUUAGCAUUCAGACCAGUUUUUUUGUGCAUUCCAUCUUAAAUCGUUUUUGUUUUUGAUAUAAUUUUGUUAUUUUUUAAAUAAAAAAAAAAUAAAGAUACCAUUAUGCAUAAUGACAUACCACGUUGUAUUCGAGACUCAGAAUACACGCUCAGAAUUAAGGACCUGAUAUCAUCUCCUGUUGCCCUGUUUCAGCACUUCAAAUUGUACUUAUGAUUCUGCAGAUUCAAUAAAAUGUCAUUUUUCUCA